AUGAAUGUCGCCCAGGCUUUGAGCCAAAACCAAACGCCACAACACACCAGCAUAUCCGCUGCAGCCGGCCCAAGCUCCGUUGUGUUCAAGCUAAAACCGAUGGAAAUACCGAGCUUCGACGGGCAGGUCACCAACUGGCCCGAUUUUUGGGACCUGUUUGAAACUGCCGUGGACAAACAGCCAAUGUCCGAUGUCGUUAAGCUGAGCUACUUGAAGAGUGCCCUCACUGGCCGAGCUGCCCACACGCUCGCUGGUCUGGCUAUCACCAACAACAACUAUGCCACGGCCGUACAGCUACUGAAAGAACGAUACGGACGGACAGAUGAUAUUGUUGCUGCCCUGUAUACCAAGCUGCAGCGAUUGCAAAGCACAUCGUCCAAACACCGUGAUAUCCGGAACACCAUUGACAACAUCGAACGGAUACUACGACAGCUGUCUGCCAUGGGCAUUAGCGUUGAACAGCAGCCACUAUUGGUGCAGCACAUUUUGUCCAAGUUCCCUACGGAAGUACUCACCAAGCUAGAGGAAUGGCGAACAUCGAGCCAUCAGUCGUGGACGGUCGCCACCCUGCGAUCCGCCCUUCAGCGGUAUGCCGAAAUCCACCGGAAUUUGCGGGAAGGUUCCGAGACUUCUGCCUCUCAGUCUUCAAGGACACCGGCCACACAGACACAGCACGGCUCACCAAUGACCAUGCAAGGAACUGGACACGCUCUUUCAUCUCAGUCAACGCAUAGUGCGCCUCCACGUCUAUGUGUCUUCUGCAAAGGGACUCACUUCAACGACCAGUGCGUCACCUACAAGCUGGCUCGGACAAGACAACAGAAGCUCCGAGAACAAGGUCGUUGCUUCAUUUGUCUGCGACGGAGCCAUAUGGCGUCCCAGUGCCCAGAGAAAACCAAGGCUUGUUUUCACUGCAGCAAGACCGGCCACAACCGAGCUAUCUGCCCAGCCCAUGAGAGACGUGAGCCCUCCAAAGGCAGCUCAAGGCCACAACCAAAUGGCUCACAACCUGCCAGGGCCGUCUCCACACAGGGUAAUGAUGAGGAACUUGUAAAUACGUGCUCCGCCAGUCUCGUGUCAGAGGGUCCCAGCGACAAGACUGGUGCAGUAUUCCUCCAGACAGCACAAGUGCAGAUUCAAGCUGCCGAUGGUAGCUUUAUCACCGCGCAUGCGUUACUGGACACCGGCAGCAAUCGCACUUACAUGAGUACCCAGCUCAGCAAGCAGCUUCAGCUGCAGCCGGAGAGACAAGAGUCAUUGACCCUCAUCACCUUUGGAGUGACACACCCACGCAGUGUUGUUACAUCGGUCGUUCAGACGUCCAUCUCACUGUCCGACGGACAGAGGUACCUCAUCAAAGCGAAUGUACUCGACACCAUUACACGACCUAUCCGACGCUACCCUCUUCCAUCUGAAGAUGCGGAGUUCCUGGCAGGCGAACCAUCCAUUCAAAUGGCAGACACCGUACCAUCAACAGCCGAGACGAGGGCCAUUGACAUUCUCAUUGGUUCUGAUCAUUACGGAAAUCUUGUGCAAGGAUCACCGCAGCGUCUACCGUCAGGUUUGUACGUGAUGGAUACGCUCUUGGGUCACAUCGUCACAGGACAGUGUUCGUCCAAGUCGGAUGACAGCAACAGCUCAACGCUUCUUGUCAUGACGCAGGCAAGCACCGGUCUACAGCGUCCGCUAUAUGACUACAUGGCAACCGCCGACUCUGCUCUGCUUGCUGAAGUCGAACCAAACUUGACGGAGUUUUGGUCGCUAGAAAGGAUCGGUGUGGAGGACCCAGCAAGUCUCCCAACAGAUGACGACACAGUUCGACAGUUCGAGGAGACCGUCACGUUUGCCGACGGCCGCUACACAGUCCAGUUUCCAUGGAAGCCCGACAUGCAGCUUCCACACAACAAGGACCUAGCCUACGGAAGGAUGAAGUCACUGGGGAAACGGCUUGCAGCAGAUCGAGACCUGCUGACCAGGUACAACGACGUGCUGCUGCAGCAGGAACGGCUUGGCAUUAUCGAGCGAGUCACAGAGAAAACCAAGUGCGGUCAACGCUCGCACCAUCUGCCGCACCAUCCAGUGUUGUCUCCUUCGAAGGCUACCACCAAACUCCGAGUGGUCUAUGACGCCAGUGCGAAGGUCAAUAAGACAGCACCGAGCCUGAAUGACUGCCUGAAUCAAGGGCCGUCCCUCCUGCCUAGCCUCUGCGGCAUUCUGCUACGAUUUCGCCUGGCCCCGAUCGUGCUAAUCUCAGAUAUUGAGAAGGCAUUCCUGCAAGUAAGGAUUCAAGAGACAGACCGUGACGUCACCCGAUUUCUGUGGUAUCGUGACAUCACUAAGCCGGACGUCAUCGUGGACAACAUCGAAGUCUACCGGUUCUGCCAACUACCAUUUGGCAUCAUCAGCAGUCCGUUCUUGCUGGAUGCCACAAUCAGGCAUCACCUUGACAAACACAAGACAGCCACAGCAGCCGAAAUUCGCAAGAACAUCUACGUGGAUAACAUCAUGCUGACGGCUGGUACUGCAGAGGAAGCCGAGGUCAAGUACCGCGAGACUCGGCAGGUGUUCAACUCCGCGUCCAUGAAUGUACGUGAGUGGUCGUCCAAUGACCCUGCUACCUCCUCUGUGUUUGACCCGAGUGUGACAGCGACGAACACGAGCCAGAAAGUUCUCGGCCUGCAGUGGGAUACUGUCGCCGACACAUUCCACAUUCCAGGUGUGAGCUCCGAGUCGCCUGACGUCGACAGCAUAGCAUCCAAACGGCGUGUUUUGCACAACGUAGCACGCAUUUAUGAUCCACUCGGACUCUUCAACCCAGUCACCUUCCAUGCCAAAGUGUUUUUGAGAACGCUUUGGAGGGACGACCUGUCUUGGGACGACGCUCUACCCACAGAACGACUCGAGCAAUGGCAGUGCAUAGAGGGUAUACUUGAGCCGGUCGCAGACAUCCGUAUCCAACGCCGAACCUCCACUCUGAAGUCAGUCACCGAUCGACAACUUCAUGUCUUCUGUAACGCAUCAAAGGACUCCUAUGCAGCGUGUGUCUACCUCCGUGAAGCCAACGGACCUGAUGCGACAUCGACACUGCUCUUCUGCAAGAUGCGAUUGGCGCCAGCAAAAAGGGAGCUCACCAUACCCCGCCUAGAGCUCAUGGGCGUAGUCAUUGCAACCAGAGCUCUGCUAUUUGUGCGCAAAGAGCUCGGCAUCGACAUCACGAAGAGCUUCCUGUGGUGCGACUCACAGUGCGUUCUCCGCUGGCUUGUUACGCAUUACACUAGGCCCUUUCGUGAGAACCACCCCGCUGCGUUUGUUCAUUAG